AUGGAAAUUCCACCAGAUUCAAACGAUGGAAAUAUGCCAGAGGAGCAUCACAUCGUAAAGGCCGAUGAAAUCGACCAGACCGGAACCGAUAUUUCACCAGUGUCCGAUGACCAAUUGAUGGAGGAGGUCGUGGAGGAGUUGCGACAAGAACAAGCCCAGGAGCAAGCUGCCGAAGCUAUGCAGGCAGUGGAAUCUAACGAUACACAACCGGAAAAGAAAUCUAAACGGCCUGAGCUACGUCGCGACAACCCAGUAGCUCCCCCGCCCCCUCUUCAGCCCCCUCCACCUGCCCCGAUACAACAGAAUACGGAACCAGCCACAGAUUCUCUCAGCUUGGCCCAGUUACGACGACUUGUGCAGGAGAUGCCAAAGGUGGAACAGCCUGCAUAUGCAUUUGAGUAUGCGGACUCGCAGGCAUUCCCCGAAGAGCUAGACGAAUGGUUCCAAUACAAUGACUUCGACCGCUUUCUGUUAAAGGGAAUGAAGAAGACUUUUGAUCGUCAGUGGUCGAUCUUCUGCAAUACUCAAAACUCGGGAACUACGGAAUUUUCUUGGGUAGAUUCAUCUGACGAUCUACGCCGAACCUUUCUGUCACGAUCUCUCGAUAAGCUCCACUAUCCUGAAAUCUCGGUUCGGAUCGAGGCUUUGGAGAUUCUCUGUUAUGCGGUGACUGGUGUUUGGGGGAUCACUGCUGGUAGGCCAACGCCCGAUUACCCUGAAAACCCAGAUCCCAAGGCUGCUGCGGAAUCACCGCGGUCGAAAUCGCUACAAAUAGAAUGGAUCGAAAAGAACGUUUUACUUGUUCAGCAGUGCGACGGCAUUCCAUUACUGGUUAAGCGCCUGUCGGAAUUGUUUGAUCGUACUAGGAGUUCACAGGAGGCCGAUCUUGAUGGAUUGGAGUUUUCGCAAGGCCAUAUAGGCGAUAUUCCCGGACCAGACCGUGAAGCCAACUUGGUGCUGACACUGCUGUAUUUUUCGAUUGAGGUGGGCCGUAGACAAGAGGCCCGAGACCCUCAAUGUACCUUGAUCCGUGAUGCAUUGGCCGAGUCUGCCCCCUGCCUGCUGGUCACAAUAGUGGAAAUCAUUGCACGACUUCGAUGGGAUGAAACUGCGAAUAUUCCUCUCACUCGCAUCAUUCUUCUCCUAUGGAAGUCUUUGCUUUUGGUGUUUGGUGGCAGCUCUCAGCUGAAGAAGGCGAAGGAAUUAUUGGAGCCACCUGCGUCUCGUGAACCCGUAUCUACCAACCGCAGAGGACCAUUCUUACACGCAUCUCCCCUGGACUACCACGUUUUUCGUCAAGAAAUUACCUCCAAAUACCCCGCCUACAACCCUCCACCACCCAUUGUCCCGCUUGAACUCGAGAACAAUUCUAUCCUACCUCCUUUUCCACAGCAUCCUGCCAGAGGCAGCACUAACGGUCUGUUUUCUGGAGUUGGUCCGUCUAUUGCUGGCGGAAACGGCUCUAUCCUCCAACAAGCUGUUCAUAUUGCAACUCCGGCACCAUCUCCGCCUCCAUCGCCAGGUGGACCUGGAGGCAAAGGUGGCAAGAAGCAGAAUUAUCAAACCAACCAGAAUUUCCCCCUUAUGUACCCUCCUUUAGAUGACACUAGCAACAAGAUUGGUGGUAAAGGUACAACCGAGCGACAGGAUGUUCUGGUUGGAAAACGAUGGGAGGGCAGCGAUGUCCCCGCGUCCAUUAUCGAGGCUGGUCGACUAUUUUCUACUCACGUCAAAAUGGCCAGGUCAAUGAGACAGCUCUGGCAAGAGCGUGAGAACUUUAUGAAGUACGACCGAGGUUGGAAUUUAUCGCCAGAAGAUCUACGUGACGAAUUGGAUUCCAUUAAUCUGUCCGGAUCUGGAGGUUCCAAAACCAAAAAGUCGACAGAGCAAACAGAAGAUUCUGACAUCCAACGACGAUUGGAUGCCGUUGAAAGCUUUUAUGCUCAAACACUGGUCCACCUCCAGUCGAUUACAAUUGUCUUCUUAAAGAUCAUUUUGACCAAUGUCAGUGCAGUGGUCAACCAGGCAAAUUCACAAACCUCCCAGAAUAUGAGCAACGGACAUGGUCCUGAUGGGUCCUCAGCGGACUUUUUCGCCGAACCCUCCGUGGACGAGCUUGAUAACAUUCGGUUGCGGGAGAUCACCUCCAAGGCCGUUUCUGGCACUUUACUCCUUCUAGUGAAAUGGUUUAAGCGAUCUCACGUCUUAAAGUUCGAGUACAUGACACAGCUUUUGCUGGACUCGAACUACCUACCUUUGAUUCUGAAGAUGUUUGCUCAUCAAGAUGUGGAUCAGACGGUGGCACAGAGGAAUGAUCGUGACGAAUUAUCUUUCUUCCAUUUCUGUCGUGAGAACAUCGAUCACCCAGAUAUCGAUGAUCCUGAUUGUGGAGACACUGAAAGCGAGGAUGAAGCUGCGCCCCCACCAAUUUCCAGACACCGACCCAAGCUGUUUCGUGCAGAUACUUCUGUCCGUAACAUAUCGGCUGAAGAAACCAUGGCCGGUCUAAAUGGCCCCACCCGGCCCGAGGUCGAUGAACUGGGCUAUCCUACCGCCCCUCUUCCGAAAGAGCCAAUAACUGUCUUCUCAUUCCGCAACUUCUUCUCUGCUAUUAAUUACUUACAUAUUAUGCAAAAGAUCACGCGCGACAAAGCCCAUCGCUGCCUGCUUCUUGUGCAGUAUAAAUCUAGCACGAUCUUACGAAAGGGCCUUAAGAUCCCCGACCCGCAUUUGCGAUUCUACACACUCAAGCUCUUCAAAUCCCAAGUGCCCUACUGCGGUAGGAAAUGGCGCCAGAGCAACAUGCGGGUUAUUACUGCCAUCUACUUGUACUGCAAACCCGAGCUUCGGGAUGACUGGCUUGCGGGCUCGGACAUCGAAAAUGAUGUCGAAGUCGCGUUGCCGCUGGAACAGGCCCUUCGUGGACUGACGCACUGGUGGCACCUUCGCCAAUACAAGGGUGUGAUGGGUGGUCCUGAAGGCACUGCCAUCAUGGAGGAGGAGCGGGACUUUUUCGUUCGGGAGUUGGAGUCGAUGGGCUGGGGCUGUACUGAUGACCUGGUUGCCGAAGAAUCGGAAAUGGUGAAUCCUAUGAUGAAUGGGACAGAGUGGGAUGGUGGAUUGCAGACAGAAGGCUGGUCAUGA